AUGGAUGUAAUCAGCACAAUCAGCGCCGGACAGAUCGCAGGACUACUUUUGACGCAUGGGCUGCCAGCUAUUUCAAGCUUGGUUGCCAUCUCAACUGAGCUCAAAGAAGGAAAGGCAGCGGCGCAGAAGGAGAUGACGUACAAGGAAAUGGAGAAAGCCAUACCCAAGGUCCUUGAGCUUAUCGAACAAAAAGAGAUUCGACUCGUCACCAACGCAUUCAACUCCACCCCGCAAUUUGUUGCAUACUUCCAAGCCGCGGCUGUUGGUGCUGUGCCUCUUAUCCUCCUGGAUGUUGGGCAAUCUAUCAAAAGAAUUGGCGCAAGUCUCGAUGGGAUCAAAGACGAGCUCGCAAUUUCAAACAUAGCCAGAGUUCAAGGCUGGGCUGAUGAUGGCUUCGGGACAUAUGUACACCGGUUUGUCCGGAACGAAAUGGCCUCGGUGAUGGGGCGUACAAACGGAGAGAGUCACUUCUUCUAUGUCUGGAACCCCGAUACCGCUUGGUAUCCAGACUUCGAAGGAAGACAGGCAGCUGAUCCUCUGGGUCCCAACUUCGGUGGCUAUCAUCACGACCUAGCCACGAUUUGUGUCAGAAUGAGAGCGGACAGACAAGCACUACUCGUAACUACUGAGGCCAACAGUAAUAUCGUCUUCCAUCUCAUUAUUCCGACUUACUAUCCAAUUGUGAUGGACACGCCUAUCGUCUUCGCUACAGAGCUAUUUCCGCUCACUAUUACCGGAAGCCGACAUCGUGGCACGGAUCUUGUUUGGUUAAGUCUCGAGGAGUGCCCAGAUUUUCUGAGCCCACAGCUCAAAUUCAUUGGUACAUUGACUUUAGUAGGUAGUACAUUGAGGAAAGCCGCCUACGUAACCUUUGUGGGUUCUUUGGUUGGCGCUAUGGCUUCUUGGAUUGCAGCAGUCACAUUUCCUCCUUUCGCCCCUGUUGGAGGACCUGUUUUCGCCUCAUGUUGUACCAGUGCGUUCGCGUCGGGGGUGGUGGGCGGUGAAGCGGAAAAACAGGAGAGAAGACAGAAGCAAGUGCAGGUUCUGGGACAUUCACUGUUCUUGAAUUAG